AUGGCCUUUAUCACAGAUAGAGGAACCUAUUGCUAUAAGGUCAUGCCAUUCGGCUUGAAGAACGCAGGAGGAACCUAUCAACGGCUUGUGAACAAAAUAUUCGCAUAUAAGCUAGGCGUCACCAUGGAAGUAUACAUCGAUGACAUGCUCGUCAAGUCACUACAUGCCGCUGAUCACCUCCGUUAUUUGCAAGAUUGCUUCGAAACAAAUACGGAUGAGAAAUGCGAAGAGGCAUUUACUCAACUCAAGCAUUAUUUGACAACACCACCCGUACUCGCCAAGCUAGAUGGUGGUGACGUUCUAUCUCUUUACGUCGCGGUGUCGCAAGCAGCAGUCAGCAGCGUUCUGAUAAAAGAGGACCGUGGCGAGCAAAAGCCAAUCUUCUACACAAGCAGGCGCAUGACUGGACCAGAAACGCGAUACCCAACUCUGGAGAAGAUGGCACUAGCAGUCGUCGAAGCGGGGAGAAAGGUUCGCCCAUACUUUCAGUCACAUUCAGUGGAAGUAUUAACCGACCAGCCCCUCCGAAAGAUACUCCAAAAUACCAACAGGUCCGGAAGACUAACGAAGUGGGCUAUCGAACUCGAUGAGCUUGAUAUAACUUACAAGAACCGAACCGCGGCAAAAUCUCAGGUUCUUGCAGACUUCUUAGUCGAAUUGGACCCAGAGUUGGAGCAAGACCUCACACUCCCAAAUCCAAACUGGAUACUGCAUGUCAACGGAUCUUCGACUAACAAGGGCGCAGGUGCCGGAGUCCAACUACAAUCCCCGACUGGAGAACUGAUCAGACAGUCUUUUAGCUUCGGCUUUCCAGCUUCGAACAACGAAGCAGAAUACGAAUCUUUGAUCGCCGGACUCCGCUUAGUAAAAGUUGUCAAGGCUAAACGCCUAUGCGCCUAUUGCGACUCGCAGGUAGUCGCCAGUCAGUUUAGCGGCGACUACGACGCCCGCAAUGAUCGGAUGGACGCUUACCUCAAGAUAGUACAAAGCUUAGCCGCAGAGUUUGAAUUCUUCGAACUCGUCAAAGUUCCCAGAGGAGAAAACGUCUGUGCCGACGCACUCGCAGCCCUUGGAAGCAAGCUUCGGGAUCAGGUUAAACGAACCAUCCCAAUACACCGCAUUGAGAAGCCGAGCAUCAAUAUCUCGAUGGACCAAACCACCAUCAUAGCCCCAGUCACCGAAACCGACAUGCCCUAUACUGAUGGAUUCGGCCCUGAUUGGAGAACUGAGUUCAUUGACUAUCUCUCAAAGGGAGAACUUCCAACCGAGAAAUGGGCAGCCCGCCGACUAAAAACACGUAGUGCCUCUUAUGUCGUCCUAGACGACGAACUCCAUCGAUGGACUGCGAAUAAAGUAGUCCUCAAAUGUAUCCAUGGUGAUGAAACAGUCAGGGUUAUGGCCGAAACGCAUGAAGGCGCCAGAGGAAAUCAUUCGGGCAGACGAGCAUUAGCGAUUAAAGACCCCUUCACUGAUUACUUCAAAAAAUGGAUCGAAGCCGAAGCCGAAGCCUAUGCUCAAGUCACAGAGAAAGAAGUCUGUGGCUUCGUCUGGAAAAACAUUAUCUGCCGCCACGGUCUACCUUAUGAAAUCGUUACUGAUAAUGGAUCACAGUUCAUGUCAGGCAACUUCAAGGAGUUCUGCAGCAAAUGGAACAUCAGACUAAGCCCUUCCACCCCUCGUUACCCACAAGGAAACAGCCAAGCGGAAUCCUCCAACAAGCUCAUCAUCGACGGCAUUAAGAAACGUUUAGACCUGAAAAAAGGUCAUUGGGCCGACGAACUCGACGGAGUCCUAUGGAGCCACCGCACAACGCCAAGAGGGUCAACUGAAUCGACCCCUUUCUCUCUUGCAUACGGCGUCGAGGCUAUGGCUCCCGCAGAAGUUAACGUUUCAAGCCUCCGACGUUCAAAAAUUCCCCAGUACGUCGAACUCAACAAGGAGAUGCUACUUGAUGCCCUCGACGAAGUUGAAGAACGACGGGACCAAGCUCUGUUACGAAUCCAAAACUAUCAACAUCAGAUAGAGAGUUACUACAACAGAAAGGUCCGAGCCCGACCCCUUGAAUUUGGUGACCUUGUCAUGCGCAAAGUGUUCGAGAACACUAAGGAGCUGAACACCGGCAAACUCGGCGCUUGGUGA